AUAUUUUAAUUUAUAUUAUUAUUGUUUUAUGCUGAUUGCUAAAUUAAUUAAAAUAUUCAUCAAGCGUGGCCAGAAGGGACAUGAAAAGCCACCAUGUCAGUUUAGUUAUGAUGACUGUAACUCUAGCAUACAGUGCCCCUAUUGAAUACGAGUAUGUCUCCAUCGAAGUCACUCCAAGUAAACCGAUCAGGAGACAAAAUGGUGUCGCCAAUUCCGGAAGCUGCUGCCAAUCUGGCUCUCAGAGUUGUUGCCCUUACGACUACGAUGACACGUGUGAGACUGCAAGAAACAGAACCUUGUGUGGUUAUAAUAAAAACCAAAAAAAAACUGAUGAAAUGGCAAGCGUAACCAUAUACGGACUUCCUUGUCGAGUUAACGAUGAUCGUCUCGAGUGCGGAUAUAACGGGCCUUAUAUAACUGAUCAGAGACCAAGUUUUGUAAAUAAUAAUCCUCCAAAUAACCUAGACUGCUGCAGUUGUUGUAACCAAGAAACUACUAAAGAAGUAGCUAGCGAAGCAACAACAAAAGCAACAACAACAACAACACCGAAAACAACAAAAACAACAGAAGCAGCUACUGUAGCUACUACCAAAGCCAGAGUUGAAACUACAACAUCCACCAUUACCACCACUAGCACUACUACCACUACUACCACUACUACCACCACUACCCCAAAACCUGCCACUACCACCACCAAAUAUGAAAAAACUACACAGUCCAAGAAGUUAACUUCUAAACCGCCCAAGUUGGAUAUUACAUCGGCCAAUCAGCCAGCUACAUCAUGCGCGUCCUUCGAGGAGAGAUGUGUUAUCACUUAUGAUAGUCCUUGCAUACCGGUACCACCUUGUUGGCAAGAUUAG